GUGUAAAUAAAUAACAACAAUGAACACGCUCGUUCUCGUAAUUCCUUUUACCGCACCUUUACGAUUAACAGUGCACUUUCCCCUUGAGUGUACUGAUACUCGUUCGAAGUACUGGAAGGACAGCAGCAGUUGGGUGCUACGUGUGCGGGACGAUGGUUCGGUUCAAGUCGAGGUAUUUGCUAUUUGAGAUUCUAUAUCCAGAGCACAAGCAGUUCCAUGAAAUCCCUGCUGUUCCUUCCGGCAAUCAAUUAACGUCGUCUUUGCUCUCGAAACAAAUCCGUGCAGCUGUUCAUGAAAAUUUUGGUGACCACGGGUUGGGCUCUGUACAGUCGAAUCUUUCUAUAAAAUACUUCUCUCCACGAACAUCCACUGGGAUCCUUCGGGUUGCACGACAACACUACCGUAUCGCAUGGGCAGCUCUAACACUAAUCCACGAACUACUUGGUCAAAAAGUUGUCAUUCGUGUUGUACGAACGGCAGGAACAAUAAAACGCGCCGAAAUGGCCGCAAUUGAACGCAAUGCUUCAGACAUUCGUUUACUCUCUAUCCAUGACGAAGUGGAGGAGAUUUGAGUAGAAAAAUUUGUAUGAAUAAAAAACAAACUUUAAAUAAACAAGAAAGGUUGGAAUUUGUCAACGUAAAGAUACGGC